AUGUCGCAAAUGUCAAGAUACCACGGCAUACGUGUGAAACGUAUGCGAAAACAAGAGGAGCAUCAGCAGAACAGUGGUACACAAUUACAAAUAGCUAAUGAAGAGCAUGACGAUUCAAGAUUAAUUGUUUGUGUGCAACGCGACGAACACAUAGAAGAAUUGGCUCGCAUGUACCAAUUGCACAUUCAAACAAACAGCGUAACAAACGAAUUAUCCGUGAAUAUCAUACGAGAUCCAAUUGUUGAAACAAGAAUUCAAGAAAUGAUGCAAAACGACGAAGACGAAGAAAAUAAUGACAACAGAGCUGAAGUCGAAGAAGAAAUAAUAAGACCGGUUAGAGUAGUUGUGCCUCCACGAAGACGACAUGCAGAAGUGCCAAUUAGAAGAACGUAUCGAUUGGCUUUACGAACGCAGAACAUUGAAGCGGUAGAAGCUCAAUACAUGGGACGAAUGACAUCGAUAUGCGACCAUUGUAAUGCUCUCUUUUUUGAAAACGAAAGACUGCCAAUAACAACACGAGGUCGGUUUUUUUGUUGUAACUUUGGCAAAGUCAGACUACCAGAUCUAGUGCAAUGUCCUCGAGAACUCAAAAGACUUUUAACAGAAAACACUCAAGCCGCUAACAAUUUUCGGGAACACAUUCGCUCUGCAAAUAGUCUUUUUGCAAUGGCAUCCUUUAAAGCGACGAUACCAGAAGACCGAAACCAAAAUCAAGGUGCUUGGUGUUUUAACGUUUGCGGCCAAAUUUACCACUACAUUGAACCAUUACCUUCGCAAACCAAUAGGCAACCAAAAAAUAACAAUUACUAUUUUUUGGAUGCACAAGAUGCGAUAGAAAGACGUACCACAUUUCUUGGAGAACGCUUAGAAGCGGACACAAUUGCAUUAUUAGAACAUAUACUUAGACGAGACAACCCAUGGAUCCAGUCAUAUAGUACAAUGAAAGAAGUAUUAGAAGAGAGGCGCCUCCUAGCAGCAAACGAAGACGAAAAUGAAGUGAGAAACGUUAUCGUUGCCUUCAAAGAUAGAAUAAACGACAAUCUGCGCAAUCAUAAUCUUCCAACUAGUCGGAGCGAUAUUGCAGCGGUAUUUGUGGGAGAGGAGCCACCUUUUCAAGUAGAUUUAAUUCUUUACCCAAAAGAACAACCAAAUCGAAAACACGAAUUAAAAAACUUAAAUCGCCUUGCUGAUCCCAUGGUAUAUCCACUGCUGUUCCCAUACGGAGAAAUGGGGUACGACUUCAAUAUUCCUCACACGUACGAAGGCAACAGAAGAAGAGUAGACGUCGCAACUGAAACACCUCCACAACUAGACGAACAACAUCCAAAUGAUGAAGACGUAGAGGGACAAGGUGAUAACGAAAACCAAGUGAGAAGAAACAAAAGAAGCAAAGUCACAAUAAGAGAAUAUUACAGAUAUCGUUUGCAAGUCCGUGAUCAUUUUUCAAUCCUUCAUAAUAGUGGAAAGCUGUUUCAACAAUAUAUUGUUGAUGCGUGGGUUAGAACCGAAUCCGACUAUUUGUGGUGGGUUAAACAAAAUCAAAGACAAUUACGUGUAGCCGAAUACACUGCAAUAAGACGAUAUCUUGAAAAUAGAGCAGCCAGGGAACAUGCAAGAAUUGGAAAAAUAACCAUUUUGCCAGCGGCAACAAUUAAUAGCCCACGAGAAAAACGAAGACGCUAUUUAGACGCAAUGACAAUAGUUGCAAGGCAUGGCAAACCCGACCUAUUUAUAACCAUGACUUGCAACCCCAAGUGGCCGGAAAUUCAAGAAAACCUACAAUAUAAACAGAAAUAUGAACACAGGCCAGAUCUCGUUUGCAGAGUUUUUCACACAAAACUGCUAAAUCUUAUCGACCAAAUUGCAAAUUGUCAGAUUUUUGGGGUUAUAUUGAAUUAUAUGUACAGCGUCGAGUUCCAAAAACGAGGAUUACCCCAUGCGCAUAUUUUAGUAACGUUAAGACCAGAAGAUAAGCUGAAUACAGAAGAGUUAGUGGACGCUGCUGUAUCAGCUGUAAUACCAGACGAAGAUACAGAACCGCGCAUGUAUAUGUUAGUGAAAAAACAUUACAUACAUAGACCCUGUGGCACUAAUAGUCAUCCUGACGCAUUAUGCAUGCAGAAUGGCGAAUGUACCAAGCAUUACCCGAAACAAUUUUCUGACAGAACAUUAUUGUUAGGAGAUAAUCUUUUACGACAACCAGAUUAUAAAAGGCCUAACAAUGGAAGAACCAUAGAUUACGAGGGUACAGCCAUUGACAAUAGGCGAAUUGUACCUUACAAUAAAUACCUUUCGGGGUAUUACGACUGCCAUAUAAACGUUGAAUGUUGCGGGUCGAUAUAUACUAUUAAGUAUUUACAUAAGUAUGUAGAAAAAAGUGCGGACUAUAUUACAGUACAGGCGCAACACCAGCAACCAAAUGAAGAUGGCGUUAUAAACUGGGACGAGAUUAAACAUUAUCAAGACUAUCGAUACGUGAGUUCUACAGAAUCCGCAUGGCGAUUGCUACAAUUUCCACUAAGUGACAGGUCACAUUCUGUAAUUGUUUUGCCUGUUCAUUUACCACAUCACCAAGAAGUUAUGUUUGAAGAGGGUGAAGAUAUUCAAAGGAUAGAAGAACUGUCGACAAAACCUUCCAAAUUAAUGGCGUGGUUUCAAUUAAACCAUGAUAAUCCAGAAGCAAGAAUAUAUAAAUAUACAGAUAUUCCGGAAUAUUACACAUGGCAUGGAAAAACGUCAACCUGGGCGAAAAGAAGACAAAAAAGCAAAACUAUUGGUACUAUAGCAGAAGUGGGUGUUCAAGAAGGUGAACGGUAUUAUCUAAGACUACUUCUACGUGUUUCACCAGGAGUAACGUCGUUUGACGAAUUAAAAACAGUUAAUGGUCAAAGAAUGGACUCGUUUGAAGCGGCAUGUAGAGAACUAAGACUACUUGAUGACUGUAAUACAUACGAUGCAGCCAUGAAUGAAAUUGCUUUAACCAAACCUCCGUUUUAUGUCAGAGAGUUGUUUGCAAUGACAAUUUUUAGUAUGAUUAGUGAAAGUGGCGAUAUGACUUUUGUGCCAAACAUGUAUCAAAAGUACAGAAAUUAUAUGCUACAAGAUUUUCAACGACAUCAUACAGAUAGUGAGGACGUCGCAGAACAAAAGGCCCUCUACCACAUUCAGAAAUUUUUACAACGCACCAAUUUGCCAAAUAUUCCAUCUAUGCAAGAUUUGGGGUUACCAGAAGUAACGCUGCAAGACGACGACCUGCUCCGAACAGUACCAUUAACAUUUUAUGAUUUAAUGCAAACUGUUCCACCACACAGAACUGGAGCCAAUGAGAAUGACGACAUCAAUGAAGCCGUUGCCCGUUUAAAUCAUGAUCAACUUGUGGCAUAUAAUGCAAUUAUUGCUGCAUUACAAGAUAAUUUGCAAACAGGACGAGCGGAAAGGAAUGUAUUUUACGUGGACGGACCAGGUGGUACUGGGAAAACGUAUCUAUAUAAUGUCAUCCAACGAGUAGUGAGGGAACGACUUCACCAAACGUAUAUAGCGAUGGCUUGGACGGGGAUGGCUGCCACAUUACUGAAAGAAGGUAAAACUGUCCACAAAUCGUUUCGGUUGCCAUUACUGCUAACGGAGACUACGGUAGGAGGAUUUGCUGAAGAAACAACAGACUCAAACUUUGUGAAAAAUACUGCAUUAAUAAUUUGGGAUGAAGCAUCAAUGGCCCCCCGAAAAGCUGUGCUGGCAAUAGACCGAUACCUUAGACGUUUAAUGAAUAUCGACAGAGAGUUUGGUGGUAAAAUUGUUGUUUUUGGAGGAGAUUUCAGACAAUUAUUGCCCGUUGUGCCAAGAGCACAUGCAGGAGAAAUACUAAAUGAAUGUGUACAAGCAGUGCCCUUUUGGGAUAACGUCGUAAAAUUAAAACUAACACAAAAUAUGCGCUAUUUGAAUGCAGCACUAGAAGAUAUAAAUGUCGACAGAACAUUUCCCGAUUUCUUACUAAGGAUAGGAGAAGGCAAAGUAACAAAAGCCACCAUACCGGAAGUGCAUUAUGGUGUGCCGGACGACUUAAUAGAGAUUCCCAAUCAGUAUUUAGUCAGUAGUUUAGAUGAGUUAUUAAGACACGUUUUUGAAGACAUUGAUGUAACUGAAAUCGACGACAACCGAAUUGCUUCUCGUGCUAUCUUAUGUCCAAAAAACGUAUCAGUUAAAGAUAUUAACGCCAAGAUAUUAGACAGUUGUCCUGGACAACUUAAAACGUAUUACAGUCAGGAUAUUUACGACGCAAACCCGGAAGACAAUUUUUUAGUACCCGAUGACUUUCUGAAUGCUGUAGAAACUGCGUGUUUGCCGCCGUUUGAAUUACAUCUAAAGAGAGGUGCUAUCGUAAUGUUGUUACGUAAUAUAGACCUAGAACCAAAGUCAUUUCCGGAAAAGGAACAGGAAAUGUCAUUACCCUACCAAAAGUUAAAACUAAAGCUAGCGAAGGAACUGGCUUACCUCGGCCUAUGA